UAAUAAACUAAGCUGCAGGCGGUAGCCUGUGUGAAAGGGUAAACUAUCCUGGUUUUUCACAUAAAUGGAGGGUAACUGUGCAGCAGGUCUGAAAUUCAUCUUCCUCCCUCCUGAAGUUGAACUAAUCAGCGUGCGUGUUACCACCAUGGAUGCAGAGCUGGAGUUUGCCAUCCAGCCGAACACAACAGGCAAACAGCUCUUUGACCAGGUGGUGAAGACCAUUGGCCUCAGAGAAGUGUGGUUCUUCGGACUGCAGUACCAGGACACCAAGGGCUUCUCCACGUGGCUCAAGCUCAAUAAGAAGGUGACAGCCCAGGACGUUCGGAAGGAGAGCCCCCUGCUGUUCAAGUUCCGGGCCAAGUUCUACCCCGAGGACGUGUCAGAGGAGCUGAUCCAGGAGGCCACGCAAAGGCUGUUCUUCCUGCAGGUGAAGGAGGGCAUCCUCAACGACGACAUCUACUGCCCGCCCGAGACCGCCGUGCUGCUGGCCUCCUACGCCGUCCAGGCCAAAUACGGGGACUACAACAAGGACUCCCACACCACCGGAUACCUGUCCAGUGACAAGCUGCUCCCCCAAAGAGUGCUGGAGCAGCACAAGCUGAACAAGGAGCAGUGGGAGGAGAGGAUCCAAGUGUGGCACGAAGAGCAUAAAGGCAUGAUCAGAGAGGACUCUAUGAUGGAGUAUCUCAAGAUCGCUCAAGACCUCGAGAUGUAUGGCGUCAACUACUUCAGCAUCAAGAACAAGAAAGGAUCAGAGCUUUGGCUGGGAGUGGACGCGCUGGGGCUCAACAUUUACGAACAGAGCGACAAGAUGACACCUAAAAUUGGAUUCCCUUGGAGUGAAAUUAGAAAUAUUUCCUUCAACGACAAGAAGUUCGUCAUAAAACCAAUUGACAAGAAAGCACCGGACUUUGUGUUCUACGCGCCGCGUCUCCGCAUCAACAAGCGCAUCCUGGCCCUGUGCAUGGGCAACCACGAGCUGUACAUGCGCCGCCGCAAGCCCGACACCAUCGAGGUGCAGCAGAUGAAGGCUCAGGCCCGCGAGGAGAAGAACCACAAGAAGAUGGAGAGGGCGCUGCUGGAAAACGAGAAGAAGAAGAGGGAGAUUGCGGAGAAGGAAAAGGAAAAGAUCGAGAAGGAAAAGAUCGAGCUAAUGGAGAGACUGAAGCAGAUAGAAGAGCAAACAAAAAAAGCUCAGCAAGGAGAGCCUGACAAAUGGCAAAAAAAAGAUGAUGGAGUGGACGGGAUUAUCAGCAUGGGUUCAGCUACCAUGGGGUUCAGUCAUGAUUUUUCAAGCACUUAUCUCAUUUUUAAAACGCGUCUCGUCUGCCUUUCCAUCGGGGACGUCUCAUUGGAUGCCAUUUCUCCACAGGCCACUGAACUAGCUGAGCUGACCUCCAAGAUCUCCCUCUUGGAGGAUGCGAAGAAGAAGAAGGACGAAGAAGCCGCCGAGUGGCAGACUAAGGCCAUCAUGGUGCAGGAGGACCUGGAGAAGACCAAAGACGAGCUGAAGAGCAAGGUGAUGGCGGCCCACGUGCAAGAGACGGUCCAGCCGGAGAACGAGCACGACGAGAACGACGAGAGCAGCGCGGAGGCCAGCGCCGAGCUCACGUCCGCCGCGUCGUACAAAGACCGCAGCGAAGAGGAGCGCAUGACCGAGACUGAGAAGAACGAGCGAGUGCAGAAACACCUGCUGGCCCUGAGCUCGGAGCUGGCCAAUGCUCGAGACGAAACCAAGAAAACGCAGAAUGACAUCAUCCACGCCGAGAACGUCCGAGCAGGACGGGACAAGUACAAGACCCUACGGCAGAUCCGGUCGGGCAACACCAAGCAGCGCAUCGACGAGUUUGAGUGCAUGUGAUCACCUUCCACGACACCUUCCAAGACACUGCUGGAACCACUGCAGGGGAUUCACGACAAGGCCUUUCCAUUUCACUGCAAACCUGCCUUAAACAAGCUACUGUUCCUUCUCCAAACAGGGUCAAUGUAAGAUAUCCUACUCCCAAGUCAAUAAACUUUCAUAAUUCCUUCCGAAUCCGGAGAACGAACUGCAUUGUUAGGUUUUUAGAAUAAUACCAAUAUGUUUCAGCAUUUCCUUCCCGGCAGUUUUUCAUAAGUUGGUCAGUGCUCUCAUUCCCAAUAAGUUGUGGACUUUUUAGGGUAAUGGUUAGUGUGAUGUUUGUCCAUUCAAUAUAGUCAUAUUAGGUAAGUUAACACCCAGUUCAGGUAUUUAUAUCUUUGUUCAUAGAGCAGAAAUUAUAUUUGGACAUGCCAGUUUUAAAUGUAAAUUUAAAUUCUUGGAAUGGAUACCCAUUAACGUGUUAUAAUUUGUGCAUGGCUUUCAGUUUAACCUCAAACACAAAUUCCCAGUUUUUAGUUACAUUUGAUUUAGGUGUUUGAGUAGGGCGCAGACACUAGUCUAACUGCACUGGCCUUAACUGUAGGUUACCAAAUUCACCAUGUCUUAGAAUCGUUAUAUUAUCAAAGGGGAUACUUUUUACACAAAGUUAUUUGAUUUAGUAAGUCAUAGAUUUGUAUGCAAUCACAUGUAGCAAUCAGAAUUGAGCAGUUGAUCUCAGUUGGUCCAAUUACAUAUAAUAAUAGCAGGUUUGUUUGUUGCUUGGUGGGCCCUCCACUGUUAGUCAAAUCAGCGAAUUAAGAAGAUGAUGUAACAAAUUGUACUUAUUAGAUUUUGCCAUAUUUUAAUUUUAAGCUUUGUUUUUUCAUUCUGUUUAAGUUUGUUCUUUUUUUUACUUGGAUGGCAUGACAUUAUUUUAAUGGCACUCUUUUCCUUUUUUAAAGCUUUGGAAGGCAAACCUUUGCAGUAUUAUAUUCAAAGAGUAUCAGAAUGGGUAAAACAGUGUUCAAUGUUGCUCUUCUUGUAGUGCCAUAUACAGAAUUUCCAAAUGGUCCUUAUAUUCUGAGUGUAUCUGCUAUGACUCAGAGCCAUGCACCCUAGAAAUUAGGAGGUUUUUUUUAUAUAACAGAUCUUUGCAGAAUUUUUCAUUAAUAUGAGACACCGGCUGCUGUAAAGCACACCAUUUGUCCUGAGGCUUGCCUCAUAUUGGUUUAUCUUGAAUUAAACAACAUAAACUCAGUGAUUACAUAAAAAUGGGUGUAUUGCUAAUGUCAGAGUCCAUUUCUAGCUUUUGUUAAUUAAAUUAUGUUUGACCGAAAACCAUAAUGAAGCAUAAAUAAGGAUGUUGAUAUUGCAUUGCUAUUUUAGCACCAAGCAGUGCCUUUCAGCAAAAAUACAAGCUGGCUGCUUUAAAAGAUUUACAUUUCAACUGAUAAUAAAACUGAAGAAAAAAUA